ACAUAAUAUUAUGUGGUGUGGUGGUGGGGAGCGUAGUGAAUAGAAGAAGAGUUAUCUAUCCGUUGAGCGUUGGCUUUGGCAUCGGCGUUCCCAUGGAAGGGUUGGCGCUUCUUCCAUUUGCACACUCACAACUCUUCUUGCGGCUUCCAAAGGUUGCCGCCAUUCCCAGUCCACACAAUAGUAAUACUAAUCAUAAUAAUACCAAUGGAUUUGUGUCUCUCAGACCGCACCGUCGACGCCGGUUUCGUUUUCGCGCUUCAUUGUUUUCCAAGGCACAGGGCGUUCCUCUUCCCCAACACCAACAACAGCAGCAACAAGUCACAGCGAAUCCCAAUUGCGUGAGUGGGGAUUCCAUACGUCAGAGAUUUCUUCAGUUUUAUGCUUCCCGCGGUCACAAGCUUCUUCCCAGCGCUUCUCUCGUCCCCGAUGAUCCCACUGUUUUACUCACCAUCGCCGGGAUGCUCCAAUUCAAGCCCAUCUUCCUCGGCAAGGUUCCAAGACAAGUACCUUGUGCUGCUACUGCACAGAGAUGCAUCCGUACUAAUGAUAUCAACAAUGUUGGCGUAACUGCCAGACAUCAUACCUUCUUUGAAAUGCUUGGAAACUUCAGCUUUGGUGAUUACUUCAAAAAACAAGCUAUUCUAUGGGCGUGGGAGCUUUCCACCUCAGAGUUUGGUUUGCCACCGGACCGAUUGUGGGUUAGUGUUUAUGAGGAUGAUGAUGAGGCUUUUCAGCUAUGGUCUGAUGAGGUUGGUGUCCCAUUUGAACGUAUAAAAAGGUUGGGAGAAGAAGACAACUUCUGGACUAGUGGAGUGACAGGUCCCUGUGGUCCUUGCUCAGAAAUUUAUUAUGAUUUUCAUCCUGAGAGGGGAUAUGUAGAUGCUGAUCUCAAUGACGAUACAAGGUUUAUAGAGUUCUACAACUUAGUCUUCAUGCAAUACAACAAAAAGGAUGAUGGUUCUCUUGAACCUCUAAAACAGAAGAACAUAGACACUGGCCUGGGACUGGAGCGUAUGGCUCGUAUUCUUCAACAGGUUCCAAACAAUUAUGAAACUGACUUGAUUUUCCCCAUCAUAGAAGAGGCCUCUAAGUUAGCAAAUGUUUCAUAUGGUUUUGCUGAUGAUCAGACAAAGAGGAAUCUGAAAAUUAUAGGAGAUCACAUGCGUGCAAUUGUAUUUCUCAUCUCUGAUGGAGUUGUCCCAUCAAAUGUUGGGAGAGGUUAUGUAGUCCGGCGGCUUAUUAGAAGGGUUGUUCGUACAGGCAGAUUGCUUGGUAUAAAGGGUGAUGGUAGGGGAGACCUUGAAGGAGCGUUUUCACCGAUUAUUGCUGAGAAGGUAGUGGAAUUAAGUACACAUAUUGAUGCUGAUGUGAAGAACAAAGCACCUCGUAUCUUUGAGGAGCUGAAGAGAGAAGAGCUUCGGUUUGUGCAGACACUGGAGAGAGGAGAAAAGUUGCUUGAGGAGAAACUUGCUGAUGCUUUAUCAAGUGCAGAAAGAAAUGGAACUGUUCCUUGCUUGGCUGGCGAAGAUGUGUUUCUGUUGUAUGAUACUUUUGGAUUUCCAAUGGAAAUAACAAAAGAAGUGGCUGAAGAACGUGGUGUGAGUAUUGAUAUGGAUGGUUUUGAUAUUGAGAUGGAGAAGCAAAGGCGUCAAUCUCAAGCUGCUCAUAAUACUGUCAGACUUGCCAUUGAAAAUGGUGAAAAUAUUGCAGAGAAUGUACGUGACACCGAAUUUAUUGGAUAUGACAGACUUCAUUGUAAAGCAAUGAUAGAAAACCUAAUGGUGAAUGGAAAUCCAGCUGUACAGGUCAGUGAAGGGAGUAAUGUGGAAGUUUUACUGAACAAGACUCCAUUUUAUGCUGAAUCAGGGGGUCAAAUUGGCGAUCAUGGUUUUCUAUAUAUUUCAGAGGGUGAUAAUCAACCAAAAGCUGUUGUGGAGAUAAUAGAUGUUCAGAAAUCUUUAGGCAACAUAUUUGUACACAAGGGUACAGUCCAAAAGGGUGUUGUAGAGGUUGGCAAAGAAGUGGAAGCAGCAGUUGAUCUGAAGCUGAGGCAGCGAGCUAAGGUUCAUCAUACUGCAACUCAUUUACUGCAAGCUGCACUUAAAAAGGUUAUAGGUCAGGAGACCUCACAAGCUGGUUCAUUGGUGGCAUUUGAUCGUCUUAGGUUUGAUUUCAACUUCCACCGACCACUUCGUGAUAGUGAGCUUGCUGAAAUUGAACUGCUGAUCAAUGGAUGGAUUGAGGAUGCAACACUACUUCAAACCAAAGUGAUGCCCCUCGCUGAUGCAAAAAGUGCUGGGGCUAUUGCAAUGUUUGGAGAAAAAUAUGGAGAAGAGGUACGUGUGGUAGAGGUUCCUGGUGUAUCAAUGGAACUAUGUGGUGGAACUCAUGUCAAUAAUACUUCUGAAAUUCGUGGCUUUAAAAUAAUAUCAGAACAGGGUAUUGCAUCUGGAAUCAGGCGAAUUGAAGCUGUAGCUGGUGAAGCCUUCAUUGAAUAUAUCAAUGCCCGUGACUUUUAUCUAAAGCAGCUAUGUUCCACUCUAAAAGUUAAACCAGAAGAAGUGACAACAAGGAUAGAAAACCUUUUGGAGGAGUUACGGGCAGUGAGAAAUGAGAAUUCUGCUGUGCGUGCAAAGGCAGCAAUCUACAAAGCUUCAGGUAUUGCGAGCAAAGCAUUGUUGGUGGGGAAUUCAAAACAGUACAGCGUGCUAGUUGAGUCCUUCGAUGAUGUUGAUGCUGAAUCACUUAAAAGUGCCGCAGAAUAUUUACUGGAAACGCUAACAGAUCCAGCAGCCGUGGUACUGGGCUCAUGUCCAGGUGAGGGGAAGGUUAGCCUAGUUGCUGCUUUUUCUCCAAGUGUGGUUGAUCAGGGGCUUCAGGCAGGUAAGUUUAUUGGACAAAUUGCAAAAUUAUGUGGCGGUGGGGGAGGUGGAAGGCCCAAUUUUGCUCAGGCAGGUGGGAGGAAGCCUGAAAAUUUGUCAAGUGCCCUAGAUAAGGCUCGGUCAGAACUCAUGGCUACUCUAAAUGAAAAAGGGAGUUGAAUUCUUAUACCCUUACCAAAUCUUGUUAUGCUAAAGCCAUGGAAUAUAUCGAUUUUCAUUGUCUGGGAAUACAGCACAAAUCACAAGAUUAAAGGGUCGGAAGCUUAAGUAAAAGUAUUCUGGCAAUUCCAGUGGCAUGUAAUGGAAGUUUCAAAAUAGUAUAGAGCUAGUAAAGUGUUGGUUAUUAGUGUGACUUUAUUCUCCUGAAACAAACUGGUAUGGCAUGCAUUCACACAAUCCAACUAGUAAAUUUUGGCAUGCGCAUCUCAGAUUGGAUGCAGGAUGUAAAUGCAAACACUAUAUACAUGAAAGAUAGUUUUGAUAGUGAAGGACGAUCAGCUGAUUCACUCACUUCUAUCUUGAUUGCUCUGGAGGAUGUUGGGAUCACAUAGAACUGAAGCGUUGUGGUGGUGAUAGGAAAGACCAACUUGUGUCAUGAACCAAUUAUGCCCUGCGAUGAAAUCAACUUUUUAAAAGGUUAAACUGUUUGAAGAAAGUACAUGAGUGAUUAUACAUCUAA